AUGGCAAAGAAGGCAACCGCUCAAAAGACAGCAGCAUAAUCAGUGAAGAAAGGCACCCAUGCUAUCAGAAAGCACAAGGUAUGGACCAACACCACCUUCAGAAGACCAAAGACCUUGGCUCUCGCCCGUAAACCCAAGUAUCAAAGAAAGAGCGUCCAAAAGGAACAAACCUGGGACAAGUAUGCCAUCAUCAAGUACCCACUCAGCACUGAGAGUGCCAUCAAGACCAUCGAAGACAACAAUACAUUGGUGUUCAUCGUUGACAGAAGAGCCAACAAGCCCAUGAUUAAGAAAGCCUGUCAAGAGCUCUACAGCAUCAAGGUUUCAAGAGUGAACACCCUUGUCAGACCAGACGGACUCAAGAAAGCAUACGUAGUCAUCUCAUCCGACAUUGAUGCUCUCGAUAUCGCCAACAAAAUAGGAAUUAUGUGA